AUGGAAGUUGCUAAUAUUUCACUCCAUAACUUACCUAUUUCUAUUGACAAACGUAUCCAAAAUUCCCACUUGAAUAAUCUCCCCCCAAUUAUUUCUACAGAAUUAUCUAGAAAAACAUUUAGUCCAAGGGAACCCGCAGAAAAAAAUUCAAACUGUCUUGUUUCCAUCCAAAAAUUAAAGACAGAAUGUGACCCCAUAUCGAAACCUACUUAUCAUAACGUUUCUCCCCACGGUCUAUCUAUCAUUGAAAUUUGUGGAGAAAACGAUCUAAUACCCAUCACCAUCCCCCAAAAGUUUAAAUUAAUUGCCGAUUCAAAUCCCCAAGCGAUGGCAUAUUAUUACAAAGAUGACUGGGAAGAAACACGGUGGAAAAGCGUAACUUAUUUUCAAUAUUUACGAGAUAUAAGACGCGUGGCUAGGGCAUUUAUAUCGUUAGGCUUGGAGAAGUUUCACGGAGUGGCAAUAAUAGGAUUCAAUGCCCCAGAAUGGGUUACAUCCAAUUUUGCUGCCAUAUUUGCAGGGGGUUUAUCAGUCGGAGUUUAUACUACGAACAGCGCCGAAGCCAGCUUGCAGAUAAUGAUGGAUUGCAAAGCAAAUAUUUGUGUGGUGGAAGAUUGGAAUCAAAUGAUUAAAAUUCUAGGCAUAGCCGAUAAAUUACCUGACUUAAAGGCUAUCAUUCAAUAUCGAGAAAAUUCUUUUCCAUCUAAAUCAAAACUCGGCGAUAUCAAGCACUUAAAAAUAUUAAAAUGGUCCCAUCUCGACGAAUAUUCUGAAAUGACAUCCGAGGAUACGUUAAACGAAAGGAUCGAAUCUCUUAAACCUAAUAAUUGCAGCACUUUAAUAUACACUUCAGGUACCACCGGAAUAUCUAAGGGUGUCAUGAUUAGCCAUGAUAAUUUAAUAUGGACCUCAACAAACCUAUCAAACUACAUAAAAGCCGAAAAAUAUUCUGAAAGAAUAAUUAGUUAUCUACCCUUAAGCCACAUAGCUGCCCAAAUAACUGAUAUGUAUGUGACCAUCGAAUCAGCAUCAAGUAUUUGGUUUGCUCAACCCGAUGCUAUGAAGGGCAGUUUGCUAAAAACUUUAAUAGAAGUCAAACCUACCAUAUUCAUGGGGGUACCAAGACUAUGGGAAAAAUUUACCGAUAAACUUAUGAAUAAAUCAAUAUAUGGACUUAAAAAAUACUUUUUCAACUGGGUUAGAGAUGUAGGAAGACGCGGAAGCAAGGCAUUAAUGAAAGGCGACCCCGUUCCUUGGGGAUAUCAUUUAGUUAACCGCUUUGUAUUUUCUCGCUUUAAGACAAUACUCGGCUUGAACUCGUGUCGGUAUUUUAUCAGUAUGGGAGCUCCGUGUCCCACGAUUACUUUAGAUUUUUUCGGAUCGUUGGCUAUAAAUAUCCAAGAAGCUUACGGGACUUCGGAAUGUACAGGGCCAGCUAGCAUUAAUUAUCCCAAUUUAGGCUUAUUUUGGACGGGAAGUUGUGGGUUAGUUUUUCCAGGAACUAAGGUUAAAAUAUUGAAGCGGGAACCUCUGAAAGAGAAUAUAAGGGGUCAAGACAUUACAGUUAAAUAUGACGUUAAAUACGAUAAUAAUUUCGGAAAAGAAAAUAGUCACGACGAGUCAAAAUUUCAUGCUGUCAAUGGUGAUAUAAAAACCAUAGGUUCAUCUCAAAAUGAGGACAUGGAAGGAGAGAUAUUGAUAAACGGGAGACACGUUUUUAUGGGUUAUCUUAACAUGCCACAACAAACUACAGAAGCAAUUGAUUCGAAUGGUUGGUUAUAUACUGGAGACAUUGGAAAGCUAAUCAAAACAACAACUGGAGGUCCUUUCCUCUUUAUAACUGGAAGAUUGAAAGAAUUGAUUAUAACUGCAGGUGGGGAAAAUAUCGCUCCGAUACCCAUCGAAAACGCUAUCAAAGAGCAGUUAUGGGAAAUAGUCAGUAACGUCAUGGUGAUCGGUGACUACAGAAAAUUUUUGUCAGUCAUAUUAACAUUCAAGACCAAAAUGGACAUAAAUACCGGCUUAUGCUCUCAGACCUUGGUACAUUCAGUUGAAACAUUUAUCCUAAAUUUAAUUAAUCAAGGUUCUUCUACGGAAUCGCUUGAGAAACCUCUUUCGCUUAAGAAUUUGACUGAAAACAUGCCACUACCACUAAAAAACUAUAUUAAUGAUAGAAUGAAAGCCGCUAAUGCAAAAUCCGUAAGUAGAGCCGCUCUCAUUAGAAAAUGGGUCGUGUUGGAGAAUGAUUUUACUAUAGCUGGCGGAGAAUUGGGACCCACCAUGAAACUUAGACGUCCUUAUAUAUUAAAAAAAUAUGCUCAGAUAAUUGAAUCCUUAUACACUGACAGUAAAGAAACAAGUAAAGAUGAAUUUUCUUAA